CUUGCUAAUAACAAAAGUUCAAAAUGCCUGUAAAGUAUAUUGGUAGAACUACUGAUUUCUGCGGAAAGCCACUUUGGGAAAUAUUGGGUAACCUGAACAAUUUCGGUGUUGGGAGAUUAGUAAAAAGACACGUAUUUGAUAGAUAUCCUGAACCCAGUUUUUUUAGAAUUGUCAAAGUAGAAGCUGUAGAAAUUGAGCCUGGUGUAGAUAGAAGAGUUAGAGCUUGGGUUGAAAAAGUUUUCAGAGGGCGAAGAUACCCUAAAUUGAUUGAGCUGCACAGAGUUUCUUAUAAAGCUGAUUAUCGGCUCAUUCCUAAGUCUGAUGAAAAAGAACUGUGGGAUAAAGUUAAUUCGUUGGAACCUAAAGUCAAAAUUUUACCUUCAUCCAAGCCUUUUCCACCAUUAUUGGCAGAAUUAAUAAAAGAAGAAAUUGAAGCUAAAGGUUUGACAUAUACCGAGCCUAACUUAAAAAUAAAAUUUCAGAAAGGUCGAGAAAAUUUUUAUAAAUCUGCCGAGGAACAUGAAGUUCCAAAUGCUCAGGUCAUUGAUACUUUCUUCAGAAAACAGUUUGAUUUAAAGUCAUGAACAUUUGUUAUUCAUUAAUUAUUGAUUUUAACUAGUCUGUUGUAAAUAUAUUAAAGUUAUGUAUUUAUAUUACAAA